AUGUUUUUCAUGGAAAUAUUCUCGAAAAUUAAAAGAAUAUUCGCUCUGCUUACGGUCGCCUGUACGUUCAGCUCCUGCCUCGGGAAUGAAGGGAAGGACAAACACUUGCACCACAUAGACAUACCCAUAGAGGCCAUGGAGGCGAUGAGCUCGGCGUCCAGCUCCGACCUGAAGGAGGAGAAGCCGGCUCCCGCCUGGAAACUCUGGAGACCCUGGAAAUUCUGGCAAUGGGGUCGUACUUUAAUAAGCGAGGGAUUCUCUAGCUCUGGCGACAUGGUGCAGAGUGCCUCCAGAAGACUGCACAAUCUUGGAACUCGGGCAGUGGAUUGGGGAUUUCGUCGCCUAUUGUACGAGUCCCCCUGUGGAAAGAGACUGUCGGCGAUAGCAGUUGUAGAGAAUCCGCUGCUGCCUGCUAAUAAGCAGAUGUUGCUGAUUGGGUCGCAGGCUGGUCCGGUGGCCCAGCACCAAGCGAAGAGACGCUGGUGGAUUCUAGAAGCAAAAGAAUCAAUAGUGUGUUGCUGGGUAACUGGUGUCGAGAGUGACGAUGAUGAGUCAAAGAGCGAAACACAAAGCGAAUCCUCCAUCGUGCACUCAACAGCUGAAUCACCGCACACGAGCAGUUUAUUGCUAGCAAGUACAAAAGGAACAGUACAUUUUAUAAACGGUAAUUUAUACGAAGGGAAUUUACUUAAGAAUCGUAUGCAUGGGGACGGGUGUUUCCAGUGGGCAGAUGGUACAAUAUAUCGGGGACAAUUCAAAGAUAAUCGCAUUACUGGAACAGGAAUUAUAGAAUUUAAAAACAAUACUUGGUACGAGGGUGAGUUUCUGAAUAACGUUCGUCACGGCAGGGGCCUGUACGUGGACUCGGGCAAACAACAGGCGUACUACGGCCACUGGAGUGGAGGAGCCAAGAAUGGACAAGGAGUCAUGUAUUACACUAAAACAUUCCAAAACUCAUACGAAGGAGAAUGGCGUGAUAAUUUGCGCCAUGGAUCCGGAUUGCGGAGAUACUGCUCUAAAAGCGGCUACGAUGGAGAUUGGAACAGUAACAUUCGCGAAGGGAAUGGCUUAAUGAUAUGGCCAAAUUCAGAUAUGUUUGAAGGAGAAUGGAAGAAUAAUUUAAUGUGCGGUGACGGUAAAUAUAUUUGGAGCUCUUUUCGCAACGACUCCAUGUCUCUACCGGCUCUAUGCGUGUACCGGGGUAGCUGGGAGGGCGGUCUGCGCAACGGACGAGGAGUUGUUGACUUCGGCUUCGGGACGGGCUCAGGCUAUAGAGGACAAUUCAAAAGUAACAGAAAGAACGGCACUGGACAACUAGUAACGAACAACGGAAUACUACAAGAUGUUCAGUUCCUUGAUGAUAAUAUCGCCACACUAAAAUAUAAGGACGACACCGUCGAUACUCUAAACGUGGAAGAGAAUAAGAAAGCUAUAGAUAUGUGCAAAGAACUGGAACUUGACUAUCACGUGCGAAACACUUUUCAAGUCUGUGCCGUUUUUAGAGAUAAUAAAGUCAUUAAAGAAUAUCUGGAAGCUAAUUAUAAUAUAACAAAGGAACAUAACGAUGUCGUAACAGAUUUUAAGGAGCUGAUGGAAUUUGAAAUUAGCUGUUUACGUAAAUCGCUGAUGUAUUACCAAGCAGAGCUGAAACGUAUUUACCAUAUGUAUGCUACAGUCUGUAACGAGAAGGGAAUUGACUUUGAGAAGACAGUGUUGAUAAGACUUUAUUUGUGGCAAAUGUAUUAUGACUGUAGAAUCCACAAUAAAGGAUUGACUUUGCACGAAAUCGACGAACUUCUGGGAAGAAAUAAGAAAUGGCAGGCAAAGGAGGUGCACGACCCAUUCGAAGAGAUUUACUUUUGGCAAUUCCUUCAUAGUUUGAUAUCUGUAGCGACCCAUAUUUACGGCAAAAAAUACAUAGCGAAUAGAAAACCUGACUCUGUUCUUGCAAGCGCUUUUAGACAAUUUAUAGAUAACGACGUCUUGCCACAAGUUGGCAAAAAAAGAGGAAAGUUUGCAAACGGCUACGGUAGAGUUAUACCUCUGAAAAACUUGUAUAAAAUUUAUCUCAGCCUCGACAGCCCGUGUAUUUUACGCUCCUUAAUCUGUAAGAUAUUCCAGGAAGAUAAAUGUAAGGAGACGAAUAAUACAGAUACUCGGAAAAUAUUCAGAGGAAAUAAUGCCUACAUUUAUGAUAAUGAGGUGUCAUUUCUUUUCGAUAAUAUUGCGUCCUACGCUUUCGACGUGGACUUGGUUCCUAAGAGUUGGGAUCUCUCGUGCCUCAACAACGUGCCCCCCAAGACGGCCAUUGAAAUAUUCUCAAAAAUAUUCCCUCAAAUAACCGAUGCGAAGAAAGUUAUGAUCUUGGAGACGAAGUUAACAUUUUUCGAAUUUUUCGAAGCUUUCAUCGCAAUGGUCGAGGAGAGUGUAAAAUUGGCAGAAAUUGCUAAUUUUAGUUUCGUCUAA